AUGGUGUUUGAAAGUACAGACAAACGGGAUCGACGAAGACAGCCAAGAUUACUUGUCAGUUCACCUAACAUUGCUCAGCUGCCCAAGGAGCCCAGUACGGGCAAGGUUCCGGUUUUGGAUCAUCAGUGUCGACGGAGAGAAAACCAAUGGCAUGGCAAGCCCAAGAUUCUUCAAGUUCACGCCAAAACAACACUGGGGAUUCAAAAAGCCAUCUUAGCAGCUCGCUCUCCAGUUUUCAGAGCCAUGUUUGAACAUGACAUGGAGGAGAAAAGAAUAAAACGCGUGGAGAUCCAGGAUCUGGAGCCCCCAGUCUUCAAGGCAAUGAUGGACUUCAUUUAUACCGGGAAGGCACCAGACCUCCACAGCAUGGCAGAUGCUGUGCUGGCAGCUGCUGACAAGUAUGACCUGGAGCGUUUGAAGGUCAUGUGCGAGGAUGUCCUCUACAUGGACCUCUGUGUUGAGAAUGCUGCCCACAAUCUCAUCCUCGCUCACCGCCACAGUGCAGGGCAGCUGAAAACCAAGACCCUGGAUUUCAUUACAGCUCGUGCUUCUGAUGUAUCUGAGACCUCAAGCUGGAAGACAAUGUUGGUCUUACAUCCGCAGUUGUUAGCUGAAGCAUGCAGCUCCUUGGCCUCGACUCACAGUUCAUUACUUGGGCCUCCUCCCAAAUGCCUGAAGUAA